AUGGCCUUUCGCGCCCUGGUGACCCAGUGCCUGGUGUGUGUGCCUUGGGACGCACAGCCACCCCCCGUCGCCCCGGACUUUCGCCAGGUGGGCUUCCCGGGGACCCUGGUCGGGCCUGCGGGGUGGGUGGUCGCUGAGACGAAGCAGUUUCUCUACUGCUCCGGUGGCAGGGAACGGCUGCGCUCCUCCUUCCUGCUCAACUCCCUGCAGCCCAGCCUGACGGGGGCCCGGAGACUAGUGGAAACCAUCUUUCUGGACUCGAAGCCCCUGCAGCGGGGGACUCCCCGCAGGACGCGCCGUCUUCCCACGCGCUACUGGCGGAUGAGGCCCUUGUUCCAGGAGCUGCUGCGGAACCAUGCGCGGUGCCCCUACGGCGCGCUGCUCAGGGAGCACUGCCCGCUGCCGGACUCAGCCACUCCAGCCACCCCAGCAGCGGCGGAGGAGGCGGCGGCGGCUGUGGGGUCCCCCAAGGAGGAGGACACUGGCCCGCCGCGCUUGGUCCAGCUGCUCCGCCAGCACAGCAGCCCUAAGCACGUGUACGGGCUGCUGCGGGCCUGUCUUCGCAGGCUGGUGCCCGCUCGCCUCUGGGGCUCCAGGCACAACGAACGCCGCUUCUUGAAGAACCUGAAGAAGUUCAUCUCUCUGGGGAAGUUCGCCAAGCUCUUGAGUCAGGAGCUGACCUGGAAGAUGAAAGUGCAGGACUGCGCCUGGCUGAGCCAAAGCCCAGAGGGUCGCUAUGUCCCAGCUACGGAGCACCGUCUAAGAGAAGCGGUCCUGGCCAAGUUCCUGUGCUGGUUGAUGGGCACAUACGUGGUUGAGCUGCUGAAGUCGUUUUUUUAUGUCACGGAGACCACGUUUCAGAAGAACCAGCUCUUCUUCUUCCGGAAGAGCAUCUGGAGCCAAUUGCAAAGCAUUGGGAUCAGACAACACUUCGAUCGGGUGCAGCUUCGAGAACUGUCGGUGGCCGAGGUCAAGCGAUACCAGGAAGCCAGGCCUGCUCUGCUGACGUCCAGACUCCGCUUCCUCCCCAAGCCCAGUGGGCUGCGGCCAAUCGUGAACAUGGACUAUGUCGUGGGAGCCAGAACGUUCCAUGGGGACAAGAAGGUGCAGCAUCUCACCUCCAAAGUCAAGACGCUGUUCAGCGUGCUGAACUAUGAGCGAGAGCAGCGCCCUGGCCUCCUGGGCGCCUCUGUGCUGGGCAUGGACGACAUCUAUAGGGCCUGGCGUGCCUUUGUGCUGCGCAUGCGAGCCCAGGACCCAGUGCCUCAGCUGUACUUUGUCAAGGUGGACGUGAUGGGUGCGUACGACGCCCUCCCUCAGGACAGGCUGGUGGAGGUGAUCGCCAAUGUGCUCCAGCCCCAAGAGCACACAUACUGCCUGCGCCAGUACGCCGUGGUCCAGAGAACUGCCCGCGGCCGUGUCCGGAAGUCCUUCAAAAGACACGUGUCCACCUUCACGGACCUCCAGCCUUACAUGAAACAGUUUGUGCAGCAGCUGCAGAAGACGAGCUCGCUGAGGGACGCCGUGGUCAUCGAGCAGAGCUGCUCCCUGAACGAGGACAGCAGCGACCUGUUCGAUGUCUUCCUGCACCUGGUGUACAACCACACCGUGAGGAUCGGGGGCAGGUUUUACAUCCAGUGUCAGGGGAUCCCCCAGGGCUCCAUCCUGUCCACCUUGCUGUGCAGCCUGUGCUACGGAGACAUGGAGAGCAGGGUGUUCCCCGGACUCCAGCAGGACGGGGUGCUCCUGCGUUUAGUGGACGACUUCUUGCUGGUCACCCCUCACCUGACACAAGCGAAGGCCUUUCUCAGGACCCUGUCCAGGGGAGUGCCCGAAUACGGCUGCAAGGCGAACUUGCGGAAGACUGUAGUGAACUUCCCCCUGGAAGACGAUGCCCUGGGCAGCAUGGCGCCCCUCCAGCUGCCAGCCCACUGCCUGUUCCCCUGGUGUGGCUUGCUGCUGGACACGCGGACCCUGGAGGUGUUCUGUGACUACUCCAGUUAUGCCCAGACCUCGAUCAGAGCAAGUCUCACCUUCAGCCAGGGCUCCAAGCCUGGGAGGAGCAUGCGUCGAAAGCUCUUUGCUGUGUUAAGGCUGAAAUGUCACAGUCUGCUUCUGGAUCUGCAGGUGAGCAUGCCGCCAGCAGCCCUGGAGCUGCUCCUUGCAGAGUGUGGGACUCUGAGGCCUCAGCUGGCUCAGGCUUUAGAGCCUCAGGGCCAGGAUGUCAUUCCAGCAGGGAGCUGUCAGACUGCCGCUGAUGGACACACAUGCACGUUGUUUGGAAGGGGCCCAGGCAAUGUGCACACCGGCCCCUGUAGACAUACUCACCUGCUUGUGCACAUGUUGCAGCCGUGGGACUUUCCUCUGACAAACCUGACCUUCCUCAGGUUCCACGCCUGUGUGCUCCAGCUCCCGUUUAAUCAGCACGUUCGGAAGAACCCCUCGUUUUUCCUCCGCGUCAUCUCUGACACCGCGGCACGCUGCCACACCCUUCUGAAAGCCAAGAAUCCAGGGAUGCCUCUGGGGACCAAGGGCGCUGCAGGCCCAUUUCCCUUGUCUCGCCACAGCGCCACCUACAGGUGUCUCCUGGGAGCACUCCAGACUGCCCAAGCGCAGCUGUGCCGGCAGCUCCCGAGGGCGACGCUGGCCACCCUGGAGGCUGCAGCCGACCCAGCCCUGACCACAGACUUCAGGACCAUCUUGGACUGAUGUCCAGUCAACUUCUCACAGGCCCUCAAGCUCAUUCCCAGCUGGGCCCACCUGUGCCCGAGACCCUGACCUGCGCUGCUGGCUGGGCUGCUCCCUGGAGGGGGUUGCCCCCAAGUCAUCGAGGAAGCAGAGCCCACCCAGCCCCACCCCCAUCACCCCUUUCUAGUGACAGGUUUGUCCUUCAUCUGCCCGCUGCCAGGAGGAGGCAGGUACGAGAGCCUGGUUGGGGUGUUGGCAUCUGGAAGGGAAGCAUCAGGGACCUUUGUCACCCUCCUUGCUGCGGGGUCACCCUGGUCUGCAGUGAUGGCUCACGUGUGGUGGGUGUGUGUGACCUCCUUCCUGCUGGUCGGCUGUGACUCAAGCCGUCCACACCCACUGGAGCAGCAUUCCCCUAGCUGGCCCCCCAGCUGCAUCCAAAGUCCAUGUUUCGACGAACUUGCCCAGAAGCAAAGGGCCCAGUCAGCUGUUUGAGCCCGUUCCCCACCAUCCACACCCACGCUUCUGACCUGCGUGUCCCCAUGCCCUGCCCAGGCCUCCUGGAGCCAAGCAUACAGCACGCCCCCACCCACUUGCCACUUCCACUUCCGGAGUCUUCUGCUGACCCCACUCAGCACACAGCCCCACGUGGCCCCUCCUGCACUACCUCCUGCCCCCACCCCAGGGAUGGGGUGAGAGAAGAGCCUUUGCAUAUUUUCUUAGUUUUUAAAUAUUUCUUAUGUUUGUAUUAAAAUAUGUGCC